UAUAGAUGACCUCUCCCUCAAGAAAACAGAACCAUCUAGAGACCACAUGAUCCCAUCUCGAAUUCCGCAUCACCGCAUCCCCAUCGUAACCCUCUCGACCUCUCAUAGCCGAUUGGUCCUCAUUUUCUUUCAACCAAUGAUAUUUCGGCACGUUCCGGGUUCAGGAAAACUCGGAUACAGACGAUCUCUCCGACUCCGUCUCCCGUAUAUAUAGCGGUGGGGGUUCUGUUGUUAGCUCCAAGACACCACAAUUUCUAAUUCUUCGUCGACUUCAACAAAACAUAAGUAAAAUGCCUCGCCGUAGCUCCGGUGGAAGAUCUGCCCGCCCAGCUCCUCGUGCAGCUACACCACGUAACCCACCUCAGCCAGUUCGUCAAGCUCCUCCUCCAGCUCCUGUUCACAGUAGUUCUGGUGGAUCUAUGCUUGGUGGAGGCAUUGGUUCAACCAUAGCUCAAGGUGCGGCUUUUGGUACUGGAAGUGCUGUGGCACACAGGGCAGUAGAUGCUGUUAUGGGUCCACGGACAAUUCAACAUGAGGCAGUCGUCUCUGAAGCUAUUGCACCUACACCUACUGCAUCCAACACGGGGGGAUCUGAUGCUUGCAAUGUGCAAACCAAGGCUUUCCAGGAUUGCUUGAAUAGCUCCGGAAGUGACAUCAGCAAGUGCCAGUUCUAUAUGGAUAUGUUGGCUGAUUGCCGCAGAAACUCGGGCUCUAUGAUGAGUUCCUAAAUAGAUGGAGAUUGAUUUCGAAAUGUUCCUAAAAUUAGAUGUUCUUGUUGGCAUAUAAGCUGGUGAUGUAAGGACUGUUGGUUGCUACCUCUUAUGUUCUUGUUGCUGUUUGCUGUGUGACUAAGGACAUGUGAAAACAAGUAGAUGUUUUUGUUACAUGCUGCAUUACUUGCUCAAAAUGGAUUUCUCAUCUGCAUUA